AUGCUCGGUAAAAGCCAGUCGGUGUUGGAGGGUGCAGGAAGUUCAGUUCUGUGAGUGUACUCCAGCAUUGUGUGAAGAUGUGCCCCACACUGCGCUCGUUGGUGCUUAUUAGCGUGAUAGGAUGUGUUGAACUGAUCACGGUCAGUACUCCGCAGAAAUACGUCAACGUUACAAUUGGUGGGACUGCCCUGCUACAAUGUAUCUUCAAGUCUACCGACGAGACCACCACAGGCCUCACCACCCAGUGGGACUUUUUUUCACAUUCCUCCAUGACGCCACAGCAGGUGUAUUACUCUCAAGCAGGAAAGGAUGUCAUCCCAAGUUCUUAUGAGGGCCGGGUUCAGCCUCCAUAUUCUCCCGGCACGACCAAAAACACCUCAAUAUCAAUACGCAACAUGCAACCAUCAGAUGCCGGAGUCUACACUUGUCAGGUUCACAACUUUCCUGAUGUGGACGGAAAGUCUGAGGUUAAUAUAAAUGUGAAUGUUCUUGAGAAGCCGAGUGGUCCUUAUUGCUCCGUCCACGGUGAUGUGGAAUCGGGUCACCGGGUCACUCUGACUUGUCACAGUGAGCGUGGCAGCCCGACCCCGAAAUACACCUGGAUCAGACUGGAUCAAACCAAGACAAGGAGGCCUGUACUGGGAAGAGCAACCGAAACGGGAAUACUGGAAUUCAGGAACAUAUCCCAGUUUGAGUUUGGGGAGUACCAGUGCAACGCUACAAAUGCGGUGGGAUUUUCCAAUUGCAUCAUCGAGUUGACUCCUGAUGUGGGCGAUGGAGUGAUUGCAGGUGCAGUGAUCGGCUCACUGCUGGGGUGUGUGCUUAUUAUUCUGGUUGUGUGGUUCAUCGCUCACACUCUGAAGAAGCACAAAUACAACCAAGUCAAACAAUCAGAGGCCAAUGAGAUGAAGAGGAGCGCACUUCAGCAAGGCUCAGAUCACGUUACCGUGGCAACCCCAGCGAGCAACCUCCAUGAGGGAGAUGAGCCACAAGCCUAAAAGCAACGUCACUCUUCUGAACAACAGGCUGUACAGGGUGUUCCUCACAUUUAAUCAAUAGGACAAAGCUCACGUUGAUGUUUAAACUUCCAUGUUGAUUCACGUUUGCUGAAUCAUGAAGUUAUUCUGCUCAAUCUUGAAAAUGUCUUUCAUGUGUGUUUUUUAUAUUUUAAAUGUGCUUUUGCUGUCCUAUUGUUUGCUUUACCAUUUCAGUGUGCCAAUCAAACCAUAUUGAAGAGCCCUGCGUUAGUCAUACUAGCUGCAUAAUAUUAGAACAAAUACUUACAUUUAUUGUAUGAAAUACCACAAUGAACUUAUCUGCAUUAUGCAAAUGAUCAGUAUGAUUACUUUUUUAUAUAUUAAUAAAUGAUUACGUUUAAAAACAAAAACAAAUGAUAGUCCUACAUUCAAAUGUAGUCUUUUAUAACAUUAACUAUUUUCCAUCAUAUCACUCCUCUGUGUGUUGGAAUCAAAGCUUUGCACUGCGCUCAUAUACAGAGGUAAAAGCCAUUAGCGCCGCCCUGACCAACGACAACAGUCAAUGAAGCAUCGUCCCCCCCUCCCAGGUAAACUGUGUUUACGCUGUUUGCACUGUAAGCUGAGAGUCGCCAGCUCAACUGUUGCCCUGCUGAGCGCUGUUGGGAGGUAAUAUAAAUGCUCCCAAUUUUGGAUGUAACACUUUUAAGUGUGACAAUUAAUUACAUUUAAUAAGUGUUGUAACAGUUAAUGAAGUGUGGUAUUUGUUAUAAAUGUAUGUUGAUACAUUGAUGUCCAAAUGUUGAAUUGAUGUUUAUAAGAAACAGUACAUGUAGGGACUGGAUGUCCCUACAGGGGGGUCUGGUGGGAAGGACAACCUGGGAUCUGGGACCAGCAUGGCAGGGGGGAGAAAUAAAGAGUUUCAAUUAAGAGCA